ACGGAGCUGCGAUGGCGCAAGGCGUGCUCUUGACAGCUUCAGCGGAGGGAAUGGAGGAAGCAGAGGCGAUGUGUGCCCCCUCCGUCCCCAACCCCACACUUCUGUGCUGCACCUUUUCAUCCAGGGACAGCGCGCCUCGGGGUUCCCUCCGUCCCCCUACGAGCGCUUGGCCGCGCCAGAGUAUUGUCUGGCUUGGGAACCGGGGCGAACUCGAAAAGGGACCGGGUGCUGGCAGGGCCCUCCUUUGUGCGGCGGCCGAGCGCGGCUCUACCGCUAGGGGGCGGCCUGCUCCACGCAGAGCCCGACAAUAGGCCAGGCUGGGGAGCCGCGCGGUCCCGGAACUUUCCCCGGGGUCGGCGGAGGCUCGGCCGGGCCAUGGAGGAGGGGGCUAGCACCGCGCCCCCGCUCUGGAACUGGGACUACCUGGAGCGCUGCUUCGCCCGCCGCCGCGUCUGCAUCUCCUUCGGCCUGUGGAUCUGCGCCGCCUGCUGCUGGAUCGCUGCCCACACGCUGAUUCUCUACCUGAGAUGCACAAAGAAGUGUGGCCAAGACCAGUCGUCACUGUGUGCUGCGUUCUGCCUCCUGACGAGUCUGUGUGACACUGUGGGGGCGAUUCUGGCCAGACAGCUCACGAUCCAGGUGUUCACUGGGGCCUACCUAGCAGUUGUCGACUUCAUGAACUUCAUCUUCAUUCUCUUUCCUGUCUGUGGAUCCAAAUCCAAGUCGAAGUCCGGUCAGGGCAGCAGGGAGAGAAGGAGAAGGAGGCACCUUAGAGCCAGUGUGUUUGCCCUGGCUCUGCCUCUGAGCCUGGGUCCAGGCUGGGCUGUCUGGACUGCUAUCCCCAAGGCUUCAGCCCCAGUCCGAGGGCCGCAACGGAGGCUGCUGGGAAGCCUUCUGCAGGAGAACCCGGAAGUCUUCGGCUGCCUGCUGGGUACCGUCGCCGCCUUUGGCUCCUGGGCAUCCCGGAUCCCUCCAUUCUCCAAUAUCUGUCGGGGGAAGUCGCUCUCCUAUAUCCACCUGUGGACCCGUUUCCUGUCAGCUCUGGCUGGUCUCCUCUAUGCCUCGGCCAUUGUGGCCCAUGACCGGCAGCCUGAAUACCUCCUUCAGGCCACACCCUGGUUCCUGAUUUCACUGGGCCGAGCUGCACUGGACCUUGCUAUCAUCAUUCUGUCCUGUGUGAUAAAGAGCAGAAUGAGACGGGCCUUUGGAUUUGCUACCAUGGAAGCCAGAGAGAGUGCCGACACACAAGCCCUUUUGACCUGUGCAGAGAAGGAAGAAGAAAACCAGGAGGCCCGGACUGAGGACAAGAACUCAGAUUGGGUGCCUCUGACCAGCUUGUCACACUGCAAGCCCCUGAAGACAAUGACAGCAGUCAGUCGCUACUUGGAGCUGACCGUUGAGCCUGCACAGCGGGCAGGCUGCAGCGCCACCAGGCUACCCGGUGAUGGACAGACAAGCACUGGAGAUGCCUCCUUGCAGGAGCCUCCCUCGUACCCUCCCAUUCAGGUCAUCCAGGCCAGAGUGUCUUCCAGCAGCUCCUCCGAGGUCUCCUCCAUUAACUCCGACCUGGAGCAGAAGUAUUGGGAAGCCCUAAACUCGGAGCAGUGGGACCCUGAAGACGUCAACCUGGAAAGGAGAAAGGACACGGAGUUCCUUAGAUCCCAGGCGCACAGGGCCUCUUUGAGCCCAGUGGACUUGACCUCUGAUGACUAACAUCUUCAGGAGCUAGGUCAUCAGUUCGGAACUCAAAGUCAGGCAUCUCUCAUGGACUAGAUGGACGACGACACCACCCACGUCAGGAACGGAAGCUGCUCCAGAAGCUUCCCAGGGAGUGAGGCGCCCUGAGCCGUCACUUAGCUUGGCUAACCCACACCACAGCUCAGAAUGGAGCUGUGGACCCUGUGGACAGAUCUGCACAUGCCCAGUUCACAGGCGGAUCCUGUUUGUAAGGCUUUCUUCCAAACGACGUGGGAUCUACUCCCACGAGAUUUCGAGCGUAAAUAUUGUUUGCUUAAUAACAGGAUCGAACUCACCAAGAGCUACUAUUUGGAUCUCAGCAGAACGCAUCUUCAAGACUCAGCUGAGCUCAGGUGAAAGACUGGGUCCACCAGCUAGGAGACCUGGGCAUAUGUAUAGGAACUGGCUUCUGCCCUCCAGCCAACCCAUCACGGGCAGGACAAAGGCAACCGCUACCUGCUCUGGUGUAGCGGGACUCCCUCCAGCCUGGGAAAGUGUACGAGGGGGGCUGGGUGACGGGGUCUCACAUGCUUUAGCAGGUAGCAGAACUCACGCUCUGCAUAAGGGCACAAUGAAUGUGACGUGCACUUCCAAGCCUGGCCUGGCUACUGGAGGAUGAUUUUAAUAACAUGACCAUGAGCGAAGGGAAGAGUAAAGCGAGUGGCCUGGCUGGGGCGAGCACUGGGGGGUGAAUAAAUUUAAAAUGUCUCACUUUGGAGAA